UAUUACACAUGAAAGUGGUACAACUGUUGGAUUCACUACUCAUUCACUUGGGAAAGUGUAACUUCAUAUGUCUUGUCCACCCAAAAGCUGCAAAACCCAGACAGAGUUGUUAAGCCCCACUCAAUAAUUCUUUCAACUUUGCUCUGCAGACACUUCACUGAGGCUUUUAGAGAAAGAAUUUGAGGUUCAAGAACAAGAUGAGAAGAGGGCUAAAGCUCAUUUUUGCAGCUUCUUUGUUGUUGAUGCUUUUGGGUUCCUGCAUUGGAAGUUCAGUCGGGAUCUGUUAUGGAAGAAAUGCAGAUGACCUCCCUACCCCAGAUAAAGCAUCACAGCUUGCACAACUUCACAAGAUUAAGUAUGUAAGGAUAUAUGACUCCAACGUGCAGGUCCUCAAAGCGUUUGCAAAUACUGGCAUUGAACUUAUGAUAGGAAUUCCAAAUUCUGAUUUGUUGUCAAUUUCUCAAUUUCAAACCAAUGCUGACACCUGGUUAAAGAACAGCAUCCUCCCAUACUAUCCAGCUACAAAGAUCACAUACAUAAGCGUGGGUGCUGAAGUCACAGAAGCUCCAACUAGCAUAGCUGCCAUGGUUGUACCGGCCAUGAAAAAUGUUUACACAGCUUUGAGAAAGGCUGGUCUGCAGAGAAGGAUUAAAGUUUCAAGUACCCAUUCUAUGGGUGUUUUAUCUCGAUCUUACCCACCUUCAGCAGGUGCUUUCAACAGCAGUCAUGCAUUCUUUCUCAAACCUCUUCUGGAUUUUCUUGCUGAAAACCAGUCACCUUUCAUGAUUAAUUUGUAUCCUUACUACGCAUAUAGGGAUUCCCAAAACAAAGUCUCCCUGGACUAUGCUCUUUUUGAGUCUUCAUCUGAAGUGAUUGAUCCAAAUACUGGUUUGCUUUACACAAAUAUGUUCGAUUCUCAGAUUGAUGCUAUUUACUUCUCUUUGAUGGCUCUGAACUACAGAACAAUUAAAGUUAUGGUCACGGAGACAGGUUGGCCUUCAAAAGGAUCACCGAAGGAGACAGCUGCAACUCCUGAUAAUGCACAGACUUAUAAUACUAAUUUAAUUAGACAUGUUAUUAACAAUACUGGUACUCCAGCAAAACCUGGAGCUGAACUGGAUGUCUACAUCUUUUCCUUGUUUAAUGAGAAUAGGAAGCCUGGGCUAGAAUCUGAGAGGAACUGGGGAUUAUUUUAUCCAGACCAGACCAGUGUUUAUAAUAUUGAUUUUGAUGGAAAAGGUGCAGUGGACAUGACACCAGAGACUAAUGUCACUAGCUCGAAUGGAACAUGGUGCAUUGCCUCAUCCACAGCUUCUGAAGAGGACCUGAAAAAUGCUUUAAAUUGGGCAUGUAAUUCAGGGAAUGUUGAUUGUACUGCAAUUCAGCCUAGUCAAGCUUGUUAUGAGCCUGAUAGUCUAGUGUCACAUGCAUCUUAUGCGUUCAACAGUUAUUACCAGCAAAAUGGAGCUACUGAUAUUGCUUGCGGAUUCGGAGGGUCAGGAGUUAAAACAAAUAAGAAUCCAAGCUAUGACAAGUGCUUGUAUAUGACAGCCGGGAGCAAUAGAACGGCUGCAAAUAAUGUCCCCGCAAAACCAUCAACGUCAUAUUCCACACAUAAUGAAGUUCCAUUGCUGGGGUUUUGUUGUCUGCUAAUGAUUUUCAUCUCCUUCUGCAUGUGAGGUAAGACUGCAGACUUAAUUUUGGGAAUAGAAUAGCUGUUAGAUGUCAAAUCUUAUUUAACAUCUGUGGGUGCAACAAGAUGUAAUGUAUCUUCAGAAAAGAACGCUAGUCCUUUAUUAUGGUGAAAAUCGGCUCUUCGAUAAUAGAUGGUUUGCCAUGAUGCCAAUCCUUUAAGAGGAUCAUUAUAUAUGUUAAUCUAUCUGCACAUAAGGGAGCUUUACAUAUAUAAUUUUGCGAGUCUAGCAUCUCUCGUCAUCCAGUUUGUUUAAUAUGUGUAUGUUCUUGAGGAUAAUAAAUAGAAAAAUGCUGUUGUUGGCAGUUGGCACUGUUUCAA